GCGCAACGGAGAAGUGAGAAGGAAAGAGUCACACAGAGGGAGAAAAAAAAAAAAAAAUAUAUCGCUUCACUCGGGAGAAGGAAAAAAGCAGUCGCUCUCCGCGCAGUGUCUUCAGCUGAAAAAAAAACAAACGGAAAUAAACGGAAGCAAAGAUAAAACAAACGAAUACGAAUACGAAUACGAAUCCAAACGCCAACGCACAGAGAAGCGCAAAAAUGGGAGAGUGUGCGCAGCGGGCGGAAAUCAACUCCACCGUGCGUGCGUAGCUGCAUACGCGAGUAGCCAUCACGCGAACGCACGCGUCUACACACGCGCCAUUUUUCAGAAGGCCCAGCUGGGGGAAAGACCUCCCCGUUGACAGCGCGCUCCCCGCCGUUCGCCUCCCCCCACCAGUAAGAAAUAUCAAUCGCUGCGUAUCGUCAGCCGCUGCGAAUUACCCGCCACUGCGGCGCACCAGCGGAAGGGGGCGGAGGACGCUUUGCUUCACCCGUUGUUUUAAAGAAGUCGUCGUGGGGAACCGCCCUUGGGGAGCCACUUGUGAGAGGCUGCCGACCGUAUGCCUGCGCCACGUCCCCUCAACGGACGAGCUGAAAAAUGAUAAAAUUCGCAGUGGGAAUCAUAUGCUACUACAUCGUGUACGGCUCAUACCACGUUUACCAAAAUGUAAGGACCCCCGUGUAUGAUCACUCAAGGGAUGGGAAGGAAAGCGGAAAGGAGCAGGAGGGACCUCACGUGGGUGAGAAAUAUAUCCAUAGACCGUUCAGAAAUUUUUUCAAACAAAAAGACAAAGUGGAUUAUCACCUGUACAUGUCAUGUGAAGAAGAUAUUGACCUGAACAGAUACGUAAAUGAGAAAGAAAAAUAUUUGAAGAAAAAUAAAAAUUUUAUUAACGUGUAUAAUUUUAAUAACGUUUCGUAUGAUUGGAGUUACAGUCAUCCUGCAGGGGGGGGAGGAAACAAGUGGUGGAAUGUCCUCUCGCCAAGGAAGUAUCCUUCUGUUAAGCUGACCAUCCCAAGGAAACUCAUAAAGAAGAACAAAGAAAUUUACCUGCACAUAAUUACCUACGUGAAUGGAGAACUGUACAGGCACGGCUUCGUCACGAGCGCUCUCACGAGGGGGAAACGCGGGGGGAAGAAGUGGACGCGCAAGGAGAAGUACCUCUGGGAGCGCUUCCUAGACGAGGAGGAGGAUGAUGAAGAGGAGGAAGAAGAGGAGGAAGAGGAGGAGGAGGAAGAUGACGAGGUAGACGAGGCGUAUAACGGUCAAUACGGCGGUCACUACACCGGUGAGUAUAAUGAGCAACACGCCGAACAGCACGCGGACGACGCGGAGGGACACAACGAAGCGGAAGAGGGGGACGACGACGACGAUGAUGAGGAGGAGGAGGAGAAGGAGGCCGAGGGGGAAAAUGACGAGGAGACCCAAACAGGUGACGCUUCAAACGAGGGACAAAAAAAAAGCAGCGGCGUAGCAACCCAUGAAGGCGUAAAGAAAAAAAAUAAAAAAAUGAAGGCAAAAAAAAGGCACGCGAAAAAAACGAAACAAAAAAUUUUUUACAUUCCAAAGAAGGUGAAGUUUGGACCAGUCAUCGAACAUAACGAUAUCAACGUAAAUAAAAUCGGCUUCUUUUCAAACAUAUUUUUGGAUAAAGAAAAUAGUGUGUACCUGUUGCCAACGUACUACAAUGAUCACCUGACUGCGGAAGAUGAAUAUGAAUUGCUUCAAAUCGGAGGGGAGGGAGAGAAGGAAGACGUGGGGAAAAAAAAAAAAAAAAAAAACGCACAAGAAGAUAAUGAAAUGUAUUCGAAGGAUAACCAUACGCAGAUGGGAAAUGUAAUUGAAAUUGAAUAUUCGCCAAUCAGCCUCCCCCAGUUCAAUCUGUAUAACAUCAUCAUCUUUAAUGUAAAUUACGCGAAAGAAAAAUAUAAAAUUGCCGCGUACGAUUUGGAUAGCUUGGUCAUACACUUUUGUGGGAAUAUUUCUCUGUGCCUCAUCAUAUGUCUCCUUUGCCUCAUCCUUUUGCUAAUCGAUCUGGUGGCUCUCGUUUUUGAUUUGACCAGCUGGAAUCGGCUGAAUGGGCUGUAUUCCUUCUCGUCGGAUGCCCUCCAUUUCAAGUUCCUCUUCAGCAUGUUCAUAUUUCUUUAUCUGAAGAAUAAAAGCAACUGCAAAAUUUUGAUGGUCUUUUGCGUGGCGAAGAUGGCCGUCUGCCUUUGGAAGCUGCUGGACCGUUACGACAUCGAGUUUAUGGAGGUCCACCCGUACGUGUGCAUUACGAGCAGCACCGGGGGGGGCGCAGGGAGUGCAGGAAGUGCAAGAAGCGGUGUAGGCGGCGGGAGCGGCAAUGACAACCCAGGCAACGGCGGCGGCAGUGGCAGCGGCAGUGGCGGCGGCGCGGGGACGCACAAAAGGCAGUCGCGGAGUGAGGUGGAGGACCUCGAACGAUAUAUAAAAAUGAAGAUGCCGAAUGUGAUGAUCUGCACAGUAGUAUCCACGUGUGCAUACAAUUUUAUGUACACUCAGUACGACUCAGUAUACGCCUUCAUCAUUCACUCCGUUGCUGUUUGCUCCUACAUCUUUAACUUCCUCUUCAUGUGCCCACAGAUUGUCCGAAAUUAUCACACCAAAACGGUGGAGCGCGUGCCCCUGUUUUUUUUCUUCUUCCUUUUUUUAUAUGCGAUCAUGGAUGACCUGUUUGCGCUCGUGCUGCGCAUGCCCCUCGUGCACAAGUGGAACGCGCUGGGCGACGACCUCGUGUUUUUCAUUUUUUUGCUGCAGUACUGCGUGUAUAAGAAGGGGGACUCGCGGGUGGCUCCCGGCGAGGCGCCCGCCGCGCCCCCGGGCACCAAGGCGCAGCGCGAGUGCAAGAAGAGGAAGUGA